CGGGGCGCCGGGGACCCUACCCUGGUGCCCACCCAUCCAUUGCCAGACCUGGGGGGCUCGGCGUCCCCUCCGCAGGGGUCCUGCGAAGGAUCCUGAGCGGAGGAGGGAAGCCCAAGGGCCUUGUGGCUGGCCUGGACGAGCCCCGCCUGGGCCGAGGUGUGCAGAGGAUGGAAACACCCCCCCAGCAAUGUCUCUGGGCCGCCUCCUUCGCCGGGCCUCCUCCAAAGCCUCGGACCUCCUGACCCUCACCCCAGGUGGCAGCGGCGGGCCCUCCCCGGUCCUGGAUGGCGAGAUCAUCUACUCCAAGAACAAUGUCUGUGUGCACCCACCAGAGGGGCUGCAGGGGCUGGGGGAGCACCACCCAGGCUACCUGUGUCUGUACAAGGAGAAGGAUGAGCUGCUGGGGGCCACCCUCAUCCUCGCGUGGGUCCCCAACUCACGGAUCCAGAGGCAGGAUGAGGAGGCGCUGCGCUACAUCACCCCUGAAAGCUCCCCUGUGCGCAAGGCACCCCGCCCGCGGGCCCGGCGCACCCAGAGCUUGGGCGCCCCUCGCCAGCGCUCCCCCACAGAGCCCAGGCCCGGCCUGAUCCCCAGAGACGAGGACAUCCUGCUGGUGGCCCAGAGCCUCCAGGACACCGUGUACGUCAGCCCUUCGCCCGAGGACGGGGAGAAGCCGGCCCGGGGCCUGGGAGUGGGUGGCCCGGGACCCGCCUCGCAGCCGGCCCACAGCGACUCUGGGAUCCUGUCUGCCAUCAGCUCGCAGGAUGGCACCGAGGAGGGCCGGGAGCCGCGGCCCGAGGCGGGCGAGGAGGAGGGCUCCCUGGAGCUGUCGGCCGAUGGCGGGAGCCGCGACAGCUCCUUCGACUCGGAUUCCGAAGCCUUCUCCUCUCCCUUCUGCCUGUCGCCCAUCAGCGCCGCCCUGGUGGAGAGCAGCAGCUCGGUGUUCCUGGAGAGCGAGAGCUGCUCCCCCUCCAGCGCCGAUGCCCACCUGUGCUUCCCGGACAACCACGGCCUCCUACAGGCCCCGCGCUGGGAUGAGCCGCAGCGGGUGUGCACCCUGGAGCAGAUCUGCGGCGUGUUCCGCGUGGACCUGGGCCACAUGCGCUCUCUUCGCCUUUUCUUCAGCGACGAGGCCUGCACCAGCGGUCAGCUCGUUGUCGCCAGCCGCGAGAGCCAGUACAAGGUCUUCCACUUUCACCGGGGUGGCCUGGACAAGCUGUCGGACGUGUUUCAGAAGUGGCAGUAUUGUGCCGAGACACACCUCAAAGACCAGCAGGUCGCCGAUGAAAAGACCUGCAUGCAGUUCUCCAUCCGACGGCCCAAACUGCCCUCGUCCGAGACGCACCCCGAGGAGAGCGCGUACCGAAGGCUGGACGUCUCCUCCUGGCUGCAGCACCUGAACCAGCUGGGCCAGGUGGAGGAGGAGUACAAGCUGCGCAAGGCCAUUUUCUUCGGCGGCAUUGAUGUGUCAAUCCGGGGGGAGGUCUGGCCCUUCCUGCUGCGAUAUUACAGCCACGAGUCCACGUCGGCAGAGCGGGAGGCACUGCGGGCUCAGAAGCGAAAGGAAUACGCAGAGAUCCAGCGGAAAAGGCUCUCCAUGACCCCCGAAGAGCACAGAGCCUUCUGGCGAAAUGUGCAGUUCACUGUAGACAAGGACGUGGUUCGGACAGAUCGGAGCAACCAGUUUUUCCGAGGUGAAGACAAUCCUAACGUGGAGAGCAUGAGGAGGAUCCUGCUGAACUACGCUGUGUAUAACCCGGCCAUCGGCUACUCCCAGGGCAUGUCGGACCUGGUGGCUCCCAUCCUGGCCGAGGUCCUGGACGAAUCAGACACCUUCUGGUGCUUUGUGGGUUUGAUGCAGAACACGAUCUUUGUCAGCUCUCCUCGGGACGAGGACAUGGAGAAGCAGCUGCUGUACCUGCGGGAACUGCUGCGGCUCACGCACCCGCGCUUCUACCAGCACCUGGUCUCGUUGGGUGAAGACGGCCUUCAGAUGCUCUUCUGCCACCGCUGGCUCCUGCUGUGCUUCAAGCGGGAGUUCCCGGAGGCCGAGGCGCUACGGAUCUGGGAGGCCUGCUGGGCCCACUACCAGACAGAUUACUUCCACCUUUUCAUCUGUGUGGCCAUCGUGGCUAUCUAUGGGGAUGACGUCAUUGAGCAGCAGCUGGCCACCGAUCAGAUGCUCCUGCACUUUGGGACCCUGGCCAUGCACAUGAACGGGGAGCUGGUUCUCAGGAAGGCCAGGAGUCUGCUGUACCAGUUCCGCCUCUUGCCCCGGAUCCCCUGCAGCCUGCACGACUUGUGUAAGCUGUGUGGGACUGGCAUGUGGGACAGUGGCUACAUGCCUGCUGUGGAGUGCACCGGCCAGCACCCGGGCUCAGAGAGCUGCCCCUUCGGGGGCGCAGUGGAGGCGCCUUCGCCCAAGUUCCCCAGGGACGGCAAGAAGGGCCCAAAGGCACCUCGGGAAGGCUUUGGUUUCCGCAGAUAGGCUGGGCUUCCUGUGCUAGAUGGGCACGGAGGGGAUGGCGCCUGGACCCUGGGCAGGUGGGGUGGGAGGGACAGGCAUGGAGGGGGCAGGACAGUAGAAAUGUAAGGAAUAUGCCUUUGGGCGAUGUGAUGGGAACACCGGGUAAUCAUGACAAAAGCAGAGCGUGGGGGAGACGGAAGUAAGACCUGCCGGCCACCUAGAGAAAAGCCGGCUCCCCGAAGCGGGGCAGAAUGCGCGGCCGCUGCACAGGGAUGCCCCGGGGUCUCUUGCCUCCCUUCGCUGGACCUCCACACUCCGAGGAAUUCCUCUGGCAUUAUCGUCAACCAACAGCACUGCCAGGUGGUGGAGGCCAGGGACAGGAGGAGGUCUUGUGCAUCCUCCAGCGCUGGGGGGUGCCGAGCAGAAGGUGGCGGUCCUGUCCGGGCCCAGACAUCUUUGCAAGCCAGACACACCUCCCCACCAGGCCUCAUCCUCUGAGUGAAACAAACACACUCGCCACAGUUUUCCAGCCCCAGCUACAAAGUUGAUGUGAAGAUUUCUGUCCACCAGAAGCUCCACUGAUUUCAGGCUAGAGAGCAGGGCAUCAGGUAGAGAACCGGGGCUUACGUGCCUGGUUUGUGAAGGGACCUGCCAGCCCACGCACCCAAGCCGUAGAUGUUGGAGAUGUGUUGCAUUCCUCUCCCUAGCUGGGGAAUUUCUACAUGAGGGUCUUCAGCAUUUCUUAAGGUCAUAGCACAUUAAGUCAAAUCAUUUCCAGUCAACAUGCAUAUCCCUCAUCAAAUGCAGUAACCAGCGGGGGCUGGAUGCGUGGAGGUGUGUGUGUGUGCAUGCAGAGUCCUGGAGGGAGAAUCUGCAGUGGCCGAGAGACGGGGCAGUCUCUUAACUGGCCCACCAAUACCAAGACACCUGCAAGUGCCAGAAAGAGGCCUGCUUCCUGCAGGGCCUGCAGCCCACCGGGGAUGACAGUCUUCGCAAGUCAGUUUCUCAGGUGGUCGGACACAAGAGCCAUCUCAGAACAGUAGCUCGGGGUCCUUGCUUUCUGCCACAGAAAGACCUGUGACAGCCAGGUCUUCCCACACACUCUCCCUGCUCCAAAGGGUUUUGCAUCAGUUGCUCCUUCUGGGAUUUAGAGAUGGAUUCACGAGGGCAAGGGCUUGGGGGGGCUCCCAGCCAGCUGGAAAGCAUGGAGCCACUUUCAGGGAAAACCAGUCCUCAGACUGCCAGGAGGGAGAAGGGUCCUCCCGGACAUCCUUCUGGGGAAACCGAUCCCUGGCGUGCUGGGGGUGGUCAUGGGGACGCAGCUGACUGAGGCUCAGUCCUGCCCCCAGCUUUUCUCCCUGGCAGGGAGCACUGGGUGGUGGCGCUCUGAAGAGAUGUUUAUCAACAGGAAGGAAGAGGUUACCAGCGUCCUCCCUCCCCAGCUUCCCUUUUCUGCAUGAGCCCGAGUCCUCCACAGGCAAGGUGGGCACUGCCCAGUUCCUGGUCCCUUUGUCCAAGAGCCCUUUGGGGAGACCAUCCGGGAUCCCCAUCUGUGCCCAGGUCUUGGGGCCCUGACCGUUAUUGUCCAGCAGUGGGGCCCAGGCUGGGUGGAGGUCGCCUUGCCCAGGUGCUGUGCUGAGAGAAGAGGACUACCAUGCCGUGUCGGCCCCAGACUGGCCGUGGAAUUGGCUUGAGUUAGCCAGGCCCUGCACCGACCCUCCCCUGCAAACGCGUCCCCGUGGACAGGAGCAUCAGCUCUCCGUUGCCACAGUGAUGCUGCACACAGCCCCAAAUGGGGCGCCUCGGACAGCACGCACUCUUCUCCCACGCCCAUCAGAGUAGGAAUGACUUGGAGGGGUGGCCGCCGGGGUGGCAGGAGUCCGCUCACGGCUGGGCCCCGCCGCUGCAGAAGCCUCGAUCCUCUGACGACCUCCCCUCCCACUGCGGAGUGCCCGAAGGGUGUCCGGGCUACGGGGCAAAGGGAAGAAGCCCGUUCGGGUUUGUCUGCCCAGCAGAGGCCCCUGGAAGCUGCCCUGCCUGGAGCCGGGAGGAGGAGUUCCCUGGGAAAACCCACACCCGUGCAGGGGCGUGGCCUGGGCCAAAGGCCGUGGGCAGGACUGGCCGCAGCAGCAAAGGGAGGGGCCCGCAGGUCCGGCCUGGACACGCCCCAUCCCCAGAGACCUAGGGACCCAGACCGCAGAGGGGGGGCGUCUAAUUAGCCCUGUGUUUCUAAGCCAGGCUGCAAGGCCCGGGAGUCAAAGCAUUCUGUCCCUGUUCGUUCCUGGCUCAGAACUGUCCUAGAACCGGAUGGCUCAUUUCCUCCAAGGUACUGAGCCUGAGGCCGGGCUUCCCCGCAGGGCGCGAGCAGUGCCCUGAGAGUCAAGGGCUCACCGGGGUCAGGAGCCUGGUUCUCGCCUGGCCUCCGACCCUUUCCAUCGCCUGGGCUUCCCCUCUCUGAGCCUCGGGUUCCUCCUGUGCAGAAUGAGAAUGAUGACGCCCGCCCACCCUCCUCACAGGACGGCCGUGGGGACUGUGUCCCUGGAAAAUCCCGUGAGGUCGGUUUACCAGGCCCCAGGGACCUCACUUGCUACUCAGGGAAGAGACCACUGACUCUGGCCCCAGCAGCCUUGACCAAGAGGCGGCAUGCUUUCGGCCAGAGAGUUCGUCCCGAUUUGGGAGUCAGCAAACCCACUCCCUUCCAUAUGCCCACUUUGCUGCAUCCCCAGCCGAGGGGGAAGCCUUUCUGUGCCUCUUCUGUAGAAUUCACCCAUGCACCCCAGUCCUGCCACCGAGAAAAUUCCGCCAUGUACCAUAGCCUCAGCAACCUCAAGAGAUGGAUGUGCGCCUCUUUGUGUACGUGGGCAUGCAAGGCUCUUCAACGGGUAUGGCACUCAAGGUCUUACCCCCUCGGCUGUCAGAACCACCCCAGCUGGGACCCUGCUUCCUGGGUCAGUGUGGAGAGGAGGAGAGGGGCAGGGUACAAACAUCCUGCAGGUGUCUGGCCCUGUCCCUGUGUUGAAUUUCUAAGUGGGAAGCUUCAAGUUCAAAGAGAUCCAGCCCAUGAGUGUCUCCUCUGGGCUGGAGGCCGGGCUCUGCUGUCUAAGGGAGUGUCAUGAAUGCCCACUGUCACCGAGAGAUCACUGAUGUCCAUGGCAAGCAAUUCUUCCUUUUGUUUGCUUUAGUUUUGUAAAUAGUCGCCCUCUCUUCGGGCCCUGCCCUAGGCCUGGGACCGGUCCCCGUGACGCCUGUGGGCUCUGGCCUCAGUAGCGCUUCUGGCUCUCAUGGAUCCACAGCAAAGGAAAUAAAAUCAUAUUGACAGCAAA